AUGGCUAAAUCGAAGCUUGAAUCUACCAAACAGAAAGCAACAUGCCCAACUGAUCUAUCUUUUGUACCUGAUAGUGACGUUUUUGAGCUGGUUUGCGAAAAUGGUCAGAUUAUGAUGCAAGGUCAGUCGAGUAGAACUAGGAAGAACCCUACUUUUACCAACUUGCCAUCGCACUCACCCAGAUUUCGAGAUAAGGAUACAGGGAAUGCUAGCACUUCAAAGUUGGGGAAGUUUGGGCCAAUGGAGUCUAUUGUAAAUGAUAUUCCAAUGUUGGUGCCUUCAGGUGAAAUGGGUUUGAGUCAAGAUGAUGACAUGUUACCUUGGUUGAAUUAUCAAGUUGACAAUACUCUGCAACAGGAUUAUUAUUCUGAACUCUUACCUGAGAUAUCGUGUGUCACUGUAAAUGAGCCCUCCACCCAAAGUAGUUUUAGAUUGACAGGUAAGAGAAAUAGUUGUAACCAGAAACUUAGUGAUUCACAAAAUCUGUAUGUACAAAAUGGUGUAAAUUUAGAACAGGGAAAUGCAUCAAAGGUUUCUUCUUCAAGAACCAGGGAAUUGUAUCCGUGGUUAACACAGGAAGGCCAAACUGCAUUUCCAACUCUUGGAACAGGAGUUUCAGAUAUGGUUGGCAAUAACAAUACCAGCACUAGCCAACCAACAGAUUGUGGGGAUUUGCUUCAGGGCCUAGCUUCAUCAGGUGGUUUUCCUAGCAUGAACAUGCAGAAGCAAGAUUCAGGGCUGCCAUGUAGUACCUCCACUUUGUUAAACUUCUCCCAUUUCUCAAGACCAGCUGCUGUUGUUAGAGCUAAUCUUCAAAACGUUGCUCCUGUGGCUGCUCCGGGUUUGUCACAUAUUCAAAUAAUGGGAAAUAUGAAUAACGAGUCUGCAGCNGCUGCUGUUGUUAGAGCUAAUCUUCAAAACGUUGCUCCUGUGGCUGCUCCGGGUUUGUCACAUAUUCAAAUAAUGGGAAAUAUGAAUAACGAGUCUGCAGCAGGUGGUAGGAGUCCUUCCAAAUCCGCACUCAUUGAUCCGAGCAGUAGUUUACAAAAGGGAAUGGGGUUACACAGUCAUCCUAAUUUGGUGUUAGCCAAGGUAGAUUCAAAACAAUCAGAGAUUGAGCCACCNGCAGGUGGUAGGAGUCCUUCCAAAUCCGCACUCAUUGAUCCGAGCAGUAGUUUACAUAAGGGAAUGGGGUUACACAGUCAUCCUAAUUUGGUGUUAGCCAAGGUAGAUUCAAAACAAUCAGAGAUUGAGCCACCCCUAGAGUCUCCUAAUGCUGAGCAAUCUGAUGCUAUUUACCAGGAAGAUGCCAUCAAGAAUGAUAAGUCUACUAAUGAAGUUCUUAGUGCAAGCUUGACUAAAGGAGUGCCAGGUGGUGAAAAAACAGUGGAGCCAUUGAUUGCUUCUUCUGCGUGCUCAGAUAAUAGUGUAGAGAGAGCUUCUAAUGAUCCAACAAACACUCUCAAAAGAAAAUGCCGGAAUACCGAUGAUUCUGAUUGCCGAAGUGGAGAUGUUGAAGAAGAAUCGGUGGGUGCCAGAAAAGUGGCUCCUGCUCGAGGAGGUAUAGGUUCCAAGAGAAGCCGAGCAGCAGAAGUGCAUAAUUUAUCUGAAAGG